CAGAGAAACCGCGCUAACGCUCCUUACAAGCUAACAAGUAAUAUAACAAGCAAAAGUCAUCGAUGAACCCCUGAAACUGGAAAUUCCAAAAUCUUUGGUCUCUGCUUGAAGAAAACAAUGCAGUUUCCCAAGUUCAAGCAGCCAGAGAUUUCAUCUACUGCCAAGCAAGCGAAGCCCAGUUUUCAACAGACCUUCAAUGACAUUCGAAACCAUUGCUCUGGUUUCAUACAGCACAUCACGAACGCUCUCAGCCAACAACAGCAAAAACAGCCCAAUUUCCCUUUUUUCAAUCCUAAUUCAUCUUCAUUGAAAACCCAUCUCGAGUUAGCCUUGGAAAAUCUCGGAAACCAAGCGAAACGGGCUUUCGAAAAUGGCAUUUCUGGUUUUGGCUCAUCUUCAGCGUCUUCCGCAAGAAACCCAGUUUGGGCUCGAGUUUAUGCACAGAAUGAGACCCUUUCUGAAUCCGUUCAUCGGUUCGACCUCGCCAUGUCUACUGAAGCCAUUGAAGAGCGUUUAUCUGGUGUGCCCGUCUAUGCCCUUAGCAACUCUGCUGAAGAAUUCGUUCUGGUUUCAGGCGUUAGGACGGGGAAGUCCCUUGGUCUCUUUUGCUUCAAGAAGGAAGACGCUGAAGCACUUCUGGAGCAAAUGAAGUCUAUGGACCCUGGGAUGCGCCGGGGCUCGAAAGUCGUUGCUGUUGCUCUCAACAAGGUUUUCCAGCUGAAGGUUGAAGGCGUUGCCUUUAGGUUUAUACCUGAUUCUUCUCAAAUCAAGAAUGCACUAAAGGAGAGGCAAAAGGCUGGAUUUUCUGAGGAUGGCUUUUCUGGGGUUCCAGUUUUCCAGUCACGAAGCCUUAUCUUGAAAAGCCAAAACAAGAGGUAUCGUCCAGUUUUCUUCAGAAAGGAGGAUCUAGAGAAUUCACUACUACGAGCUUCUCAGCAGCAAAAGCAAUUAAACCCAGCCUUCAAACAAGGAGAUAUACAGGUUGCUGUUCUUGAGGAAAUAAUACAAGGAAUGAAGGAGAGUUCUAAUUCAAAGUGGGAGGAUGUUGUUUUCAUCCCACCUGGUUUUGACAUUUCAGUUGAUCUUCCGACUCGACAGAAGCUUGGUGCAAUGGGGUAGGCAUUGGUAUUAGUAUACUUUUGUGACCAGUGAAGUUUAUCAAGAUUUCUUUCAAGCUCAAUAGGCAAUAGGAUACAUGAAAUAUAAGGGAAGACUUACCAGCUUGAUUAUGAGUAGGGUAACUUUCUCUAAAAGGAAUGGAACAAUGUUGUACAUUUACAUUAUAGAGUUUUUUUUGAUAGGUGAACUUAUAGUAAGACUUGAGCCUUAGACCUCUUAUUUACCAAUAUACAGUUGAUCCUCUGACUACCAGGUUUCAUCUUCUUUACAAUGUUCUAUCUAUUCAUACAAGUGGCAUUAAUAUUUCAUUA